UAACCUCAUCAUUGACAGAAGCGAAUCGCCCGUUAAAGGUAACCUGCUCUCAGCGAAAUGCGUCCAUCCGCCGGCUAAAACACGGAACGCAGCUGAGGUGUGGCUGGAGCAACGGGUUUGCCUGUGCCGCUUCUGACGUGGUGGUCGCUGCUUUGUUGUGUGGUAAUCGGUGUCCAAUCGCUCGAUGGCUUCUCGGUGAAGCUCGUUUUUAUUGAAAAGCUCUCUAAUAUAAAAACAGACACUGAGGCAGAGACGCUGUUCACGUUCGUGUUUAGUGAUCGCUGAGCGAGUGAGGUGCAACUGCCAGACAUCCGAGGAAAAAGGAGGAGAUCUUUGACACAAUUUACACAUCAGCAAAUAUUCUGAUACAAUAACUUUACACAUGCCAGGGCUACUGCUGGUUGGCAGUUCGAACAUCCUCUGCUGUAGCCUUCGAUUUUGGACAGUUUUUAAUAGAGCCACAAAAUACAUUUUGACGGCUCGAAACUGCUCUAGAGUCUACUAUUUCUAGUACAAUUUAGUGUUGUAAGUGAGAUCUUGAUCGUUCUGCCGUGCAGUUUUUACUAGCGAGCAGCUGGGUUUAACGCGGCCGACUGGCGUGAGCUAAGCACGAAUUGUACGUUUCAACGAAUGUGAAACUGUCGAGGUAACGGCUGGUCAUCUCAUGAAGGAUGCCGGGGCUCCCGAGAAUCAUCUGAUGACGAGUGAAGAACAUACGACUGUCAAAAACGCAGCCUAUGACUGGUGAUUGUGUUUAGUUAGCGCAUACGUAGCUGUGUGACAGGUGCACAACACCAGCAAUAACGGCGAAAAAUUACCUACGUCAACGGCAUUCAUCAGAGUGAGCAAAUGUGGGCGACGACUGUGACUGAAACAUAGCAAACUAACUGUUGGUAGGCCUCAGUGUUGACAGAGAAGUGGGUCGUACUCGUAAGGGAUGUGCCUUCGUACAUGAGUCUGUUUAUGCUUGUCUAUUGGUGUCUGUAUGGGUGUCUUUACGUCUAUCUGUAAAAAGGUGCAACCGUGCUUGUUUUGCCAGUGUGGUAAGAAGAUUGAGAUUUGGCCAAAAUAGAAGUGUGGACUAAUAUCGAAGAGAAUAGAAUAAAUCGUUAAAAAGAAGAAACCGAGCUAGGUGGUCGCUAGGUGACACCCACUAGGCAGAAAAUCAAGGAUCCGAUAUUGAUAGCAACGAGAAAUUAGUAGCUUAUAGACGCGAAUAGGAAGUUGCUAUCCAACCACGACUACUCGCUUCAAGACUAGCUAGCAGCCAUGGCCGGUGCUGGGGAUUUUGGUAAUCCGUUGCGCAAGUUCAAGCUCGUGUUCCUUGGCGAACAGAGCGUCGGCAAAACGUCACUCAUUACAAGAUUCAUGUAUGAUUCGUUCGACAACACAUACCAGGCCACAAUCGGCAUUGACUUUUUGUCGAAAACGAUGUAUCUUGAAGAUCGCACGGUGCGACUGCAGCUAUGGGACACAGCUGGACAAGAGCGGUUUCGCUCCCUGAUUCCAUCUUACAUUCGAGACUCGACAGUAGCCGUCGUCGUCUACGACAUUACCAACGCCAAUUCGUUCCAUCAAACAUCUAAAUGGAUUGACGACGUGCGUACGGAGCGAGGCACCGACGUAAUUAUUAUGCUCGUCGGCAACAAGACUGACCUGUCAGAGAAGCGGCAAGUCAAUACGGAGGACGGCGAGAAGAAGGCGAAGGAACUACAGGUGAUGUUCAUUGAGACAUCGGCCAAGUCGGGCUACAAUGUGAAGCAGCUGUUUCGGCGAGUGGCCAACGCACUGCCAGGAAUGGAGAGUGAGCGGAGCAAACAGGACAUUGUUGACGUUGACCUCAAGGAUGGGCCAAUCGAACAACCGAAAGAAGACGGGGGCUGUGCCUGCUAGACAUGGCCAACAUCACCGUACAACAACUAUUAUUAUUACUCGAACGAAAUAAAACCAGUAAAAGCCAUCAUAAUAACAACACUAGCGAUAAAACAUAAUAAUAUUAAUGAUAAUAACAAUAAUAAUAAUAGGCAAAAGUCUCAUUGUAACACCGCAGAGGCACCAAGAUGGACAGAGAAACAAACUGGCCAAAAGAAAGAAAGCCUAUGCCGCCACACUGCUUAAUUAUUGCUACCCCUUCAAAAGGUGCUUGCUCAUGAAGAGAGCGUGGGCACAUUUAUUGUUAGGACGACGGGCAUAGCUGUUGCAGUACUUCGGUAAUACCGGUGAAAAUGUAUUGACUCAGCUUCAACUUACUGGCAUAACGCAGAGCAGUGAAGCUAAUUAACAUAGCCAAGAGGACAGAGUUGAUAAACAAGUCCUGUCAGCUAACGAUCAAGCCGGUUUUGUAGACCAUAGCAAACCAAUAUGAGAGUAACGGGAGUUAAAGGCAGCCAAUGGCGGCCUCGGAGAAAGCAGACGGCCACAAAGAAAAACACCAACCCAGACCUAGCCUAUACCCAACAAGAGACACGGAGGCAAGACACACGACCACGAUUAUACGCAACGUCCGUAACAACCUCAUCGUAUCGGUCAACAAUAGGCUGUACAAUAGGACAACAGAGAUGGAACAUCCGCGAAAUACAAAAAAAUAUCAUCUCUAUGGUGUUAUCUAUGAAGAGUUCUCGGCAUCAGUUCUAAAGUUAAAUUGUUACGCAACAAAAGAUAAUACACAAAUUCUUACAACAAUUGUUUAAAUAAGCUUGAGAUCGUGACAGCAUUUUUUAAUAAUAACAAAAGCAGCUGACGAGGCACAUUCCAAAAAGACUAGAGGCGAUCAAAAAAUGAGGUAGCAGUUAGUUUUAAAGGGACCGCAAUUUGAUUUAUAAAAUGGAAAAAUCGAUGAUCUCGAUGCACUGUCGCGCUUCUCUGUGCAGCAGGCUUCGACUCCGCGGACCUGCUAGGCAAUGGAGAAAUGGUGUAAUAUUAGAGAACAAGCGCAUUGGAGUACAAUAAUUUGAGCUAUUCCGUUUCGCUACGUAUACUCAGAUUGCGCUGCAUUUUAACAGCUACGUCCCGUGAGGAAGCAGCACUACGUUUCGGAUACGCACCCCCAGCGAUGACCAACUACCGGCGAUUCUGGUCAUCCAAUAAUAACAACAACAAGGAUAGUAGCAACGUUAGCUUCCAAUAACAAUCUGUCUCAACUGCCCAUUGAUGGUUGUCUAUAUACUCUUGUCAAGUAUAUACGCGUGCGGCUGCUAGGUGGUCCCUGUAUCAAUUAAUUUCAUGAUAUCCGAUUCGAAGCGGAGGCGAAUCAGACACUGGGGUACUUGCUUUUUGGGUUUGAAAUUUGAAAUCUGCUACAGGGCGUGUUUGUUCCUGCGGCUAAGUAUUGGGCCGGUGAGAGAGGAGCAGCUUGACAACCUACGAACGAAUCUAUUUGCCGCAAAGAAAAUUUCUAAAAAAGUGGACGAGAAACUCUUGACGAAAAAUUGUAACGGUAACAGCAGACCGGUCACCAUAUGGAUUUGACAAUAUCGAUGAGUCGAAUUUGAUGUACGCAGUUGAAGCGCGCUGUGUCAGACAUGAUGCGAUGUUCGUUGGCCCCUGUCUUCAUUGACCUUCAUAUGACAUGCUAAGAUAAAAAUGACGACGGCCUGCAGUUCGGAUUGUAUAUAAAUAAUCUAGUUAGAGAACACACAGAUGGUGAAUACGUGGUAUAUAUAUAUAUGUAUUAUCAAAUAUGCAACAUGAAGGUGAUCAGUUGACGGAACGAAACUAAUAUUAAAAACGACAAGCAAGUCAACAAUAACUAUAACAAUAACAAGUAUUUGUUAAUAUUAGAGAAGCAGCAUAACUUACACGUAGAACAAGAAUUAAGACAAUUAUAUCGAUUCGUUUAUUGUAGUGAUAUGGAUCCUUUUCGUUUGUCUUCUAACUUUCUAAUAUAUACUGUUAUGCAUGACAUACACACGAACGUACAUAGGGAUUUUUUCCAUUCUUAUCAUUUGUUGGGUAGCCUUUCGAAUUAGUGCGCUAAGUAGUUCGAGGUUGUAGUUGGGCGACGACAGAGCAAUUGAACGCCUGAUGUCUAUCGCUCGACUCGUAUAUGGAAAGGUUAUUCAGUAAAAAGAGAUGUUUUUGAGAUGAAACCAUAUGUUAGACUGCAAUUUUGACUAUCAUAUACAAGAAGAUAACUCAUUGUCUUAUAGAAACGUUUGUUAAAAACGGCCACCUAAAAGGAAAAUUAGGCCUGCUGAAUGGCAUUCUGAUAAUAGAUGCUUUCAUAUAAAACAAGACUGUCAUUUUGAAACUUCAUUAAAAAAUGAUUCAAGUGUUUGAUUUUUUUAGAACAGCACGUGUCCACUGCUUACUCGUAGUUUGGCUAAUUUGUGUUUGUGUGCUGACUGCUUAAUGCUUGCUAGCGUCAGUCAUCCGUUUAUUUCAGUCAGCGUCGUAAAGCCAGCCUACCAGUUACGGCGAUGUAUUUUUCAAAUCUGGCGCCGUAGCCCCGUGCUAGGCCCGUCUGCAUUUCGCUCUACUUUAAUGCUCCGUAUACUGUUGAAACGGUCCAUUUUGACAAAGGCACGUAUCCAUGUGUUACUAACUGCAGCUAGCAUUCAGUAGAGUCAUAUCUCUUUAUAUAUAACAUGUAACAAAACCGGGCUAGUGAUUUACUCAGCAAAGUACUACUAAAAUGUUUUUCUUUGUUAUUUUUAUUACAAUUGUGUAAGUAAUUUAGCUUCAAAAUGCACGAAUACCUUAGUUUUUGUAGCUAUCAAAUCAUGUUUGUCUAUUAUAUUCUUCAAUCAUCUGCAUGAGGUCAAUCUAAUUGUGUUCAAUUUAAUAUUGUUAUUGUUAGUUAGAAUAGAAGCUAAAAGUACUGUGGGAUCGACAAACAAACACGAGUCGGAUUGCGUUUGAUAAUACAACAGUGUGACUAUAUGAGUAAUAAAUAGUAAAUGCAAACGAAGACGCGUACUUGGCUUUAUACGUUUAUACAGUGCACAUGGUACCCACAGAGGGAAACGCAUUUUUGAUAAAUAGCUUUUAUUGUGUUCGAGUAUGUGUGGAAAGUAACAAGAGAUGGAUAUGAAGACGUUACAAUAUGUGGCGGACGACCAGGUGCUCACGGAUCCUGCUUGUAUCUUUUGAGCAACAUGGGAGCUGUAGGGGUUCUCCCUGCUACUGUUAAGUUUUCUUACAGAAGCGUUUCCCAUCAAAACUGCGGCAGUAGAGUAUCGGCAACGACAAAUUUUUUAGCAGCUCUUCAGGGAAUAAAUACAAAAUUGGAUGAAUAAGGAAGAAGGUGUAAAACAAACAUUGAGUUUAGCAGGAAAAACAAUGGAAUACGAAGUAUUGCCGAAGUAUUGCCGAAGUACAAGUUUUAAAUGGAGACAAAGUAGACCUGGGCUAGCCAUCUUUUCGAAAUAGAGCUGUCUCACAAGCUACAAGAGAAGUGUUGAAGUCAUCAGGACAGGGCAAAUAAUCAAGCAAGCUGAUUAGAUGGAGAACAAUACCUCAGUAUCGACGCAAAAAACUCAACCUUGGUGAUGAUUCGAGCGAGAGCCAGAUGAAUGCUUGACCAAUUAAAUUAUCUGAGAUAAAUAUCGUACUAUGAGCAAAUCUCUAGAAAUGCAAAAUAUCAAGCACAUCAGCAACAGCACAAGCGAUUGUGGCCUUAACGGUCUAAAGAGAAGUUAGGCGCACUGCGAAGCUGGAUUGAGCCUUGUGAGAUGAAAACUGCGACCUAUACAACUGUGUAGAACUAGCAGGGAAUUACCAAGGGUGAGUUUGGCUAUAUAUUCAAAUACUUAUAUGUAAUGGGGUGGAUAUAUUGUAUUACGAUAGAUACGAGCCAGUGGGAAAAUUCGACGAAAGAACAUUCCGAGCAGACAGGUGAAUAUUCCAGAGCGAAUGAUUGCAGCAAAUGGCAUACAGACGUAUUGCGUAACGCAAAGAAUACUGGUUUGUAAUAGAUAAUAAACAGCGUGCUAGUAAGGCAAAAGUGUUAGAUGUAUGCUUGGAUGAAACAAGCCUCACCGUGGAUCCGGUUCAGGCCGAGUCGACUGCACAAACGCGAGAAGGGAGUUUAGGAAGCAUGGAGCGUAUACGUGGAAUAGAAUUAAAAACGUGGAUUACAUCGAGACGCAUCAACAAGGACUAAUUACACGAAACUAGAACAACACCAUUUCAGCUUUACAUUGUUAAUUGAAAUAAGAGAAAAUAAGGAAUCUCAUAAGAACAUAUAUAUAUAUAUAGAUAUAUACUAUUAAAGGGUAGCGUUGUGUA